AUGGCGAAAAAAUCAAUUUUUUUAGUGGCGGCGGCGGGGUACGGCCUUUCUUCUCCGAUCUUCAGUUCCCCGCCGAACUUCGUGUGGCAGCUGAUCAUCGAGGCUAGAAGGAGCAGUAGCAACAUCGGUGUGGCUCAAGUGGCGGCGGCUUCGUGGUCGAAUAACCAGCAGACAUCAGGACUCACGCCGGCGGCUAAGGCCGUCGAUACAGGCCCCUCUGCCGCCAUGGCGCCAGUUGAGGUCGAAACCGGAGUCGAGGAGGUGGCUGCUGCGGUGAAGAACUCCCGUUGUAAUGGCGAAAAUGUACAGUUAAGAGGACUUGCCUCAUUUGAAAUAUGCUUCUUUUUUGAAUUCUUUGAAUCAACAAUUACACGCCUAAGAUAUCAUUCAAGCAAUUACACAUCGAAUGCCGUUCAGAUCCGGAUUUGUCCCGUCCUGGGAUUCCUUCCUAUGGCGAAAAAAUCAAAUAUUUUAGAGGCGGCGGGGUAUGGUCUUUCUUCUCUGAUCUUCAGAUUCCCGCCGAACUUCGUGCUGCAGCUGAGCAACAAGACUAGAAGGAACUGUGGCAGCAUCGUUUGGCUCAAGUGGAGGCGGAGGCGGAGGCUUCGUGGUCGAAUAACCAGCAGAUAUCAGGACUCACGCCGGCGGCUGCCAUGGCGCCAGUUGAGGUUGAAACCGGCGUUGAGGAGGUGGCCGCUGCGGUCCGGAUUCUCUCGUCCUGAGAUCCCUUCCUAUGGCGAAAACGUCAUUUUUUUAGUGGCGGCGACUGGGUACGGCCUUUCUUCUCCGAUCUUCAGAUCCCCGCCGAACUUCGUGUGGCAGCUGAGCAUCAAGGCUAGAAGGAACAGUAGCAACAUCGGUGUUGCUCAAGUGGCGGCGGCUUCGUGGUCCAAUAAUCAGUGGUUACUGAAUUCUCUUUUUUGA